AACAGGAGGCUGAGCUCAGGUGGUAAUGCAGCGAUAGGGAGCAGCUGUAAAUACAGAUGUGAAUACAGAUGAAGCUUCGCUGGUGGCUCACCUCCUGCGGUGCCGCCUGGUUCCUAAUAGGCCAGGGACUCAUAGUGGUCCGUGGCCCAGGGGGGUUGGGGACCCCGUCUUAAGCCAUCCAGUUUGUGGCACUUUGUUAUGGCAGCUGCAGCAGAUGAAUAUACCCACCAACCAGACCAGGCUCCUCCUGUUACCUUCCUGACCUUGACAAGCUCCUGACAACACCUGAAAAAACAGAUGUCCCAAGGGGGUUGGAACAAGGAGGGAGCCGGGGCAAUGUCAGUUUUGUUUUUCAAGCCUUUUUUUUUUUUUUUUUUUUUCCUACAGAGGAGGAGGAGGGAACGCCUACAAUAAAGAGGCCUUUAUGGUCCCACUUCAGGAAUCGGAGAACCCCGCCCUCCUCGUCUCAGCCCCAAUUUAACGGUUGCAUGUGUGAGUAUCUUAUAAAGUGACGCGUUUUGAGGGGGACUCCAGCGUGAGCAGGACUGUGGCUGACUUGUCAAUCAUCAUUAGGGUGAUGUCCCAAACGUUCAAGUCUGAGGCCCAGGGAAAUUGGCAACAGCUGCCUGGAUGCCUCCAUCCUCCCAGCCCAAGGAAAAUCUGGCCUUGCUCCUUCGUUGUCUUUCUUAGGAGCACGUGGAGUUCUCCUAGGUGGGCUUGCACUCGGGGUCGCCCAGCCGUUCUUUGAGGGUUCGAGUGGGUAGGCUCCCCCUGUAGGACGGGCUUCCCCGUAGGUUUCCACGUGGGGCCACAGAGGCAGGAAAAAGGGAAGUGGGCACUGACACCUGGGGUGAAAAAGGGUGGGGGUGCGGCUUUGUGAGGAAAUAAUUUGCAGAGACUGCUAAACUGGGGUCUGCUGGGAUACCCCACUCCCCACCCCCUGCCUCGGGCGCCCUCAGCCACCCGAGCUGGGGGCCUCGCAGGUCUCAGACCAAGUUCCCCGCGCGGCCUGCAGCGCACCCAAACAUGGCCACCGAACCCAGGUUCCCGGGGCACAGCCGCGCCUCUGGGUGACGCAGAGGCGGCGGGUUGCAUCAGCCCGUGCCCACGUGCUCGGUCCGCCCUCUGCCACCCGGAUCCGGACGCCGAUUGGGCCACGUUGGGACAGUGCCUCCGCCUCAGCCAAUGGGCGGCAGCCACAGAGCGUUCUGUCCGCAGAGCCAGGCGCGGGGCUUCUAUAAAAGGCGCCCGAAGCGGGGGCGCGCGCCCCAGAGACGUGAACGGUCGUUGCAGAGAUUGCGGGCGGCUGAGACGCCGCCUGCCUGGCACCUAGGAGCGCAGCGGAGCCCCGACACCGCCGCCGCCAUGGAGUCCGAGACCGAACCCGAGCCCGUCACGCUCCUGGUGAAGAGCCCCAACCAGCGUCACCGCGACUUGGAGCUGAGUGGCGACCGCGGCUGGAGUGUGGGCCACCUCAAGGCCCACCUGAGCCGCGUCUACCCCGAGCGUCCGCGUCCAGAGGACCAGAGGUUAAUUUAUUCUGGGAAGCUGUUGUUGGAUCACCAAUGUCUCAGGGACUUGCUUCCAAAGCAGGAAAAACGGCAUGUUUUGCAUCUGGUGUGCAAUGUGAAGAGUCCUUCAAAAAUGCCAGAAAUCAACGCCAAGGUGGCUGAAUCCACAGAGGAGCCUGCUGGUUCUAAUCGGGGACAGUAUCCUGAGGAUUCCUCAAGUGAUGGUUUAAGGCAAAGGGAAGUUCUUCGGAACCUUUCUUCCCCUGGAUGGGAAAACAUCUCAAGGCCUGAAGCUGCCCAGCAGGCAUUCCAAGGCCUGGGUCCUGGUUUCUCCGGUUACACACCCUAUGGGUGGCUUCAGCUUUCCUGGUUCCAGCAGAUAUAUGCACGACAGUACUACAUGCAAUAUUUAGCAGCCACUGCUGCAUCAGGGGCUUUUGUUCCACCACCAAGUGCACAAGAGAUACCUGUGGUCUCUGCACCUGCUCCAGCCCCUAUUCACAACCAGUUUCCAGCUGAAAACCAGCCUGCCAAUCAGAAUGCUGCUCCUCAAGUGGUUGUCAAUCCUGGAGCCAAUCAAAAUUUGCGGAUGAAUGCACAAGGUGGCCCUAUUGUGGAAGAAGAUGAUGAAAUAAAUCGAGAUUGGUUGGAUUGGACCUAUUCAGCAGCUACAUUUUCUGUUUUUCUCAGUAUCCUCUACUUCUACUCCUCCCUGAGCAGAUUCCUCAUGGUCAUGGGGGCCACCGUUGUUAUGUACCUGCAUCACGUUGGGUGGUUUCCAUUUAGACCGAGGCCGGUUCAGAACUUCCCAAAUGAUGGUCCUCCUCCUGACGUUGUAAAUCAGGACCCCAACAAUAACUUACAGGAAGGCACUGAUCCUGAAACUGAAGACCCCAACCACCUCCCUCCAGAUAGGGAUGUACUAGAUGGCGAGCAGACCAGCCCCUCAUUUAUGAGCACAGCAUGGCUUGUCUUCAAGACUUUCUUUGCCUCUCUUCUUCCAGAAGGCCCCCCAGCCAUCGCAAACUGAUGGUGUUUGUGCUGUAGCUGUUGGAGGCUUUGACAGGAAUGGACUGGAUCACCUGACUCCAGCUAGAUUGCCUCUCCUGGACAUGGCAAUGAUGAGUUUUUAAAAAACAGUGUGGAUGAUGAUAUGCUUUUGUGAGCAAGCAAAAGCAGAAACGUGAAGCCGUGAUACAAAUUGGUGAACAAAAAAUGCCCAAGGCUUCUCAUGUCUUUAUUCUGAAGAGCUUUAAUAUAUACUGUAUGUAGUUUAAUAAGCACUGUAAGUAGAAGGCCUUAGGUGUUGCAUGUCUAUGCUUGAGGAACUUUUCCAAAUGUGUGUGUCUGCAUGUGUGUUUGUACAUAGAAGUCAUAGAUGCAGAAGUGGUUCUGCUGGUACGAUUUGAUUCCUGUUGGAAUGUUUAAAUUACACUAAGUGUACUACUUUAUAUAAUCAAUGAAAUUGCUAGACAUGUUUUAGCAGGACUUUUCUAGGAAAGACUUAUGUAUAAUUGCUUUUUAAAAUGCAGUGCUUUACUUUAAACUAAGGGGAACUUUGCGGAGGUGAAAACCUUUGCUGGGUUUUCUGUUCAAUAAAGUUUUACUAUGAAUGACCCUG